AAGCCCUUAGAUCAGAGACAAUGAAUCAGAUUCAUAAGUUGGAGGUGAAAAUCCCUGUGAUACAGACCACCUUUCUUGAGCUCCCUUUCCUAGCUGGGCAAAAGAGAGGAAGAGGGGGCGGUGGCGACCCGCCCAGAGCUCAGCAGCAGCUGCGUCAGGAGCAGCCAUUGGAAGGAGCUGUCUGCGGCGGGGAGUGCUGCACUGAGCAUGUUCGAGCCCAUCAGAGUCCAAGCUGCAGCAGCAGCAGCAGCAGCAGGAGCCGCCUUGCAUUAUGCAAAGCAGAGGCUCCAGCAGAUGGAAGAGGGGCCAAACAAGAGCGCGUUUCCUUCCCUGCUGGGCAGUUUGCACAUUGGCCUGGCUUCCCCAGCAGUCUCCCCCAGACCAAGCCGGGGAAUGAAACCCUUUGGGAUGGCCUGACUGCGGACUGGGCGGCAUUGCAACGGGAUUGCAAUAUGGGGAAUCAGGAUGGCAAACUGAAGAGGAGCGCAGGUGAUAUCUCCCAUGAAGGAGGGGGAGGCGGUGGCUGUGUAGGGGAGGAUGCUGUUGGGCCCAGGGAUGCUGAAGGCACCAAGAAGGGUAGCGGAGGAAAGAAGGCGCUGGGCAAACAUGGAAAGGGGGGAGGGGGAAGUAGCACUGGAGAGUCUGGCAAGAAGAAGAGCAAGUCAGACUCAAGAGCCUCAGUUUUUUACAACCUGCGGAUCAGGAAGAACCUAUCUAAGGGAAAGGGGGGCGCCGGUUCACGGGAAGAUGUGCUGGACUCCCAGGCCAUACAAACAGGGGAGCUGGACAGCGCUCACUCCUUGGUCACGAAGACCCCUGAUCUUAGCCUGUCUGCUGAUGAAGUGGGCCUGUCAGAUACGGAAGGGACGGACCCCUUCGAAGUCAGCCGUCCAAAUGUGGUAGGGCCUGCAGGGCUCGGGGUUCAGUCCACUGUAGAAGGAGAUUUGGAAGCAGUCCCUGGGGCGCAAGAUGGACAAAGGACCAGUUCAGGCUCAGAUACAGACAUCUAUAGCUUUCACUCCGCCACAGAGCAGGAGGACUUGCUCUCAGAUAUUCAGCAGGCAAUUCGACUCCAGCAGCAACAGCAGCAGCAACAGCAGCACCAAGGUGGUGCAGUCAGCUCCGGGGACCCUUCAGCAUCCCUGGGCUCUGCUCCACUCCAACCAGGGGCCUUCCUUGGCCUGGACCACUUUCUUCUAGGGCCUGUCAGUAGAGUUGGGGAAGCACCAGGUAGUCCAGACACGGAGCAAGCUUUAUCUGCCCUCUCUGACCUCCCGGACAGUUUGCCCCCUGAGCCUCUAGCUCAGGAGAAGACACCACCCCCUAGCGGAGUGGAUUGGGAGGUCACAGCCCCUGUGGCUACUCUGCCGGUAGCCACAGACUCCCCUUCUUCCACUGCCUUCCCUUUCCCAGAGCCGGGUUUGGGAGAGACUGCAACUGUAGCCUCCUCUGUUGGAGGAGCAGGAGACACAGAUGAUGAUGAUGAGGAUGCAUUUGAGGAUGCUCCCCGGGGUUCUCCUGGGGAGGAAUGGGACAAGGGCACCCAACAGACUCCCUCUGAGGUAGAAGAGGAGGGAGAUAUUCUGAGGGCAUACCCAACUCCUCCCCAAAUGGACAGCCCUGCCCCUAGUCCCCGAUGCUUUAAGCCCUACCCACUAAUUAACCCUUGUUACAUCAAGACCACUACUCGACAACUUAGCUCACCCAACCAUUCACCUUCUCAGUCCCCCAGCCAGAGCCCCCGAAUUAAGAGAAGAUUAGAGCCUUCUUUGAGCAGGGGUCAAAGGGCUACCUUGGUCUCCACUGCUGCCCAAGUCAAGAAGCACAAGACAAGUGGCAGCAGCUUGGUGGGGGGACUUAGCCGCUCUGCUGACUGGACAGAGGAGGUGGAGCAGAGGGAGCCCAGGGUGGGUGGUUCAGCAGAUCUACUUCAGUAUGGGACAGCCCAAGAAGGAACUGAUGGAACCCCACCAACCCUGUCCAGAAAGUCCUCAGGAGUGCCGGCUGCCAAUGAUGUUUUCCAGAAUGUAUUCACAGGGCGCACUCUAUUGGAAAAGCUGUUUAGCCAGCAAGAGAACGCACCACCAGAAGAAGCGGAGAAAUUUUGUUCUCGGAUUAUUGCGAUGGGUCUUCUGCUUCCUUUCAGCGACUGCUUCAGGGAGCAGUGUAACCAGAGUGUUCAGCAAAGCUCAGCUCCAUUUGAUCAAGAUCAACUUUAUACUUGGGCUGCAGUCAGUCAACCCACACAUUCUCUGGAUUAUACAGAAGAGCAGUUUCCAAGAAGAAUCCCCCCUGUCUGGCCUCCAGCAAAGGCUUCCGAUGAGGAACAUGGACCGAAGGACACUGAAACAGAGUUUCAAGCUACUAUUUCAGAAACACCAAAACAGUGUGCAGAUGCUGUUCAACAGGAAACUUUUGACAUGAAAUCUGAGGAACACGCAAAUGUAAUUCAGCAGCUGGAACAGACAAUUGAAAAUCUGAGGACCAAAAUUGCUGAAUUAGAGAAGCAAUACCCUGCCACAGAAGUGGAGGUUGAUAAAGGAAAACAAGUGGCUGAAAGGGGAGUGGCUGAGGGUGUUUGUCAUGAAGAUAUCCAUUUAAAUGAAGAAGAGAUAAGACAUCAAAGGAUGUUGCAUGUGAAAUCUGUACAGACUUCACCAACUGAGGAGGGCAGUGCAUCUGUAAUGCCUUUUGCUAACACACUGCCACAGCAUCCUCCAUUUACUCAGGAGGGUAUAAAUGGACAGCCAAAUGUGCCAUUGUCCCCUUCUGGACCACAAACAAAGUUUUGUUCAGAAAUCUCUUUGAUUGUUUCCCCAAGGUUAAUAUCUGUGCAACUUGAUGCAAAUCAAUCUAUACAGUGUGUAUCACAGCCUCCACCACCUCCACCACUCCCAGGUUCUGAUAAUCAAGAAAAUAUUCUAACACAGACUUCCCCAAUGCCUUUUAUAACUGAAAGUGUGACCAACCAUGAGCAUCUCCUCCCCACAUCUUUUGAAAGUAGUCAUGGCAUCCUACCUUCCCCACAUCUAACUGGUACAGAACUGAAUCCUCCUCUGCCUGGUGCAGGUAUCCCACCACCACCUCCUCUGCCUGGUGUGGACAUUCCAUCACCCCCACCACUACCUCCUUGGCCUGACACAGGACCUUCUAUCUUCAUGCCUGGAUCAGGCAUGAUUCCUCCCCCACCUCCUCUUCCUGGAAUGACAGUGCUGCCCCCUCCUCCACCACUUCCUGGAACAGGGGUCCCCCCUCCUCCACCUCUUCCUGGAGCGGGGGUCCCCCCUCCUCCUCCACCUCUUCCUGGAGCGGGGGUCCCCCCUCCUCCACCACUUCCUGGAACGGGGGUCCCUCCUCCUCCACCUCUUCCUGGAGCGGGGGUCCCCCCUCCUCCACCUCUUCCUGGAGCGGGGGUCCCCCCUCCUCCACCUCUUCCUGGAGCGGGGGUCCCCCCUCCUCCACCUCUUCCUGGAGCGGGGGUCCCCCCUCCUCCACCUCUUCCUGGAGUGGGGGUCCCCCCUCCUACUCCACCUCUUCCUGGAGUGGGGAUCCCUCCUCCUCCACCUCUACCUGGAACGGGGGUCCCCCCUCCUCCACCUCUACCUGGAGUAGGGAUACCUCCUCCUCCGCCACCUUUGCCUGGAAUGGCAGUGCCCCCUCCUCCCCCACCUUUGCCAGGAAUGGGAGUUCCCCUUCCUCCACCUCUCCCUGGUAUGGGAGUCCCUCCACCUCCUCCACCUUUGCCUGGAGUGGGGGUACCACCCAUCUCUGCACCCCCUCUGCCACCUGGAUCAGGUCCUCCACCUCUACCACAAGAUGGGGGCAGUACAUUGCCAAACAUGAUGCUUCCACAAGUAUGUGGAUUUCUUCCUCCUCCAUUGCCAGCUGGCUUAUUUGGAAUAGGCUUGCAUCAGGACAAAGUGAGUAGGAAACAAGCAAUAGAGCCUUGUCGACCAAUGAAGCCUCUUUAUUGGACAAGAAUUCAACUACACAAUAGAAGAGAUUCUAGCACUUCUCUCAUUUGGGAAAAAAUUGAAGAGCCAUCCAUAGAUUGUCAUGAGUUUGAAGAAUUAUUUUCUAAAACUGCUGUAAAGGAGAGGAAGAAACCUAUUUCUGACACCAUAACAAAGACCAAGACUAAACAACAGGUUGUCAAGUUAUUAAGCAACAAAAGAUCACAAGCAGUUGGGAUAUUAAUGUCAAGCCUUCAUUUAGAUAUGAAAGACAUACAGCAUGCCGUUGUGAAUUUGGAUAACUCUGUGGUUGACCUGGAAACCCUUCAAGCCCUCUAUGAAAAUAGAGCACAGUCAGAUGAAUUGGAAAAAAUUGAAAAGCAUGGAAGAUCAUGCAAAGAAAAAGAAAAUGCCAAGUCUCUGGACAAACCUGAACAGUUCCUUUAUGAAUUAUCACUAAUACCCAACUUUUCAGAGCGAGUCUUUUGUAUCCUGUUCCAGUCAACAUUUUCUGAAAGCAUUUGCUCUAUUCGUCGCAAACUUGAACUACUACAGAAGUUGUGUGAGACAUUGAAAAAUGGGUCAGGGGUUAUGCAGGUUCUAGGUCUGGUUCUUGCCUUUGGUAAUUACAUGAAUGGUGGGAACAAGACUCGGGGACAGGCAGAUGGUUUUGGAUUAGACAUUCUGCCAAAGCUGAAAGAUGUCAAAAGCAGUGACAAUAGCCGGAGUCUUUUGUCAUAUAUUGUUUCAUAUUAUCUUCGAAAUUUUGAUGAGGAUGCUGGAAAAGAACAAUGUGUUUUUCCACUGCCAGAACCCCAGGACCUCUUUCAAGCCUCCCAGAUGAAAUUUGAAGACUUUCAGAAAGACCUUCGCAAACUGAAAAAAGAUUUGCGAGCCUGUGAAACAGAAGCAGGAAAAGUUUAUCAAAUGUCCCUAGAAGAACAUAUCCAACCUUUCAAAGAAAGUAUGGAGCAAUUCAUUUGUCAAGCAAAAAUUGACCAGGAAGCUGAGGAGCAUUCAUUGACAGCAGCUCAUAAAUGUUUUUUGGAAACUACGGCCUAUUUCUUCAUGAAACCAAAAAUGGGAGAGAAGGAAGUGUCCCCACCUGUUUUCUUCAGCCUUUGGCAUGAAUUCAGCUCUGACUUUAAAGAUUUCUGGAAAAAAGAGAACAAACUUAUUCUCCAAGAAAGAGUAAAAGAAGCAGAGGAAGUGUGUCGGCAGAAAAAAGAAAAAUCUCUGUAUAAAAUAAAGCCGAAACAUGAUUCUGGAAUUAAAGCAAAGAUAAGCAUGAAAAUCUGACCACCAGAAGUCAGAGUGAAUAUAGCAUUGCCCUUAAAUCUACAAAGUUCAGUGUAUUUAAGGGGGAAAGGAAAUGGCAUCAUUUGGAUUAUAUUUUCAUCUUGACCUAAGUCUAGUUUUUGUUUUCUUGACUGAUUCACUGAUCAAUUUCUCUGUACUGUGCACAAAUUAAGUAUAAAAAGUAAAAUAAUUAAAUUUAUUGACCCAGAAAAUAAACUACUUUUUACAUUUAAAAAA